GGGGACACUUGUUCAUCCACUACCAGGGACACCCAUCUCUCCCAACUCAAGACUUCUUUUUACUCCCCAAGUUUAAAACUCUGAGGCCACCCCGCCCCCUUCCCUCUCCCUCGUUUAGAAUCAGGUAUGGACACUGACAUUCCAACCUUCUUUCCUUCUUCGGCGCUCCUGAAGGUAACCGGUGCGCGUGCGCACGUCAAUCCGAGGGUGUGUGCGCCCAGUUUCCGGCGCCGGGGGACACCCACAACCACGGGGCUGUCCCUCAGCGCGGCCGCCCGCCCCGCCCCGCCCCCCCCGGACCCGCCUCCCAGCCCCGCCCCCCGGACCCGCCUCCCAGCCCCGCCCCGGGCCCUCCUCGCCCCGCCCGCUCCGUCCCGCGCCCUCCACCGCCCUACGGCCUGGGCCCGCCUCCACCCUGCCUCUCCGUGGCUCCCUGGGCUGCCCCCGCCCCCGCCCCCGCCCCCGCCACCUCCCCCGCCGUCGCCCAAUUCCCCCAGCCCCCACCCUCGGCUGCUGCCCGAGCUUCCUCCACGCGCCGUGCAGUCUCCACGGCGACGCUGCGUUCCCGACUCGGAGCCCCCAGCUCCGCGCGAGCAGCUAGCCGGGCUGGCUCUCGGUGUGUGCCCUUCGAAUGGUCGGCUGAAGAGGGCCGCCAGCUGGACUUCUGUAGACAAGACAGAUACUGUAAAGACAGCAAAGAACAAACAGAAUGGCAGAUUGCUAAUGUUUGAUCCAAACGAAAAAGUGAUGAUUGAAUCAAACGAAGCAAUGUCAGAUAAAUGCCUCUUUGGACGCAGACCAAGAUUGACAAGCAAACUUAAUACCUCACCAGCACAGGUCUCUGUAAAUGUAGCUAAAACAUUCUCAGAAAAGAAGGAAGUCCCUUCUAAGAAUAUUGAAAAUAAAGUCUCUUUAAAGACUACUGAAAAUAGAGUAUCUUCAAGGAGUAUCGAAAGUAAAGAUAUCUUAACAAAUCUACAGUCUGACCUAUUGUCAUCUUCCUGCUUAAAAGAAAGCACAGGUGAAGUGAGCAAAGAUGCAGUCAUUGUAAAGCAGGAGAAAAAUAAUGAAUAUUGUCUUCAGGAUAUUGAUGAUAAAUUGUCAGAAUCAGCAGAGGAUGAUGGUGAAGAUGAUACCAAUGAUGAAGAUGAUGAUGAAGAUAGUAACCCUAAAAAGAAUACUCAGGCCCCACUAGAGUUAAUGGCAGAAUUCCUGAGAGCAGAAAUGGCCCGAGAGUACCAGCUGGCAAAAAAAUUAUGUCAGAUGAUCCUAAUCUAUGAACCAGAAAAUCCUGAGGCCAAGGAGUUUUUCACACUUAUUGAAGAAAUGUUGCUGAUGGAGAAAACUCAGAAUCAUGAGCAAGACGGUGAAGACAGUGAUGAAGACAGCAGUGGUGAGAGUAAAGGAGAAAGCCAUGAGGAGCUGAGUGACGAGAGCUCUGACGAAGGUGAAGAUGGAUCAUGAGUGUUGCUGCAAUACUUAAAGCUUCAUGUAUUUUCAUUAAUGUAUACCAUGCAAAUAUAAAGAUGAGAGUGACA